CAGCUACCUUUGUCAAGUCCUUAGUUCGCUUAAGUGAAUGUUUAACUUAAAUUAAAUAAAUAUAUAUGGUUUUGCAAAUGGACUAAGUAAGCUGUGAGGCUGCGCCGAAUGAUUCUGGAUUUAUUAUCUGCUGAGUUUUAAAUCACACUUCUAUACCCCGACGACGUUUCUGCCAACGAUGAAUCCGCCGACGACAGAGGUGCUUUUACGACGAGUUGCGAGCCAGGCUCUGAGCUUAGCCCGACAAAAUCCGAGAUGGCUUCACGCAGGCAACCGGCGCGAUCAAGUAACUCCCGCUACUGCCUUCGACGUUCAUGACGUCAGUGGCGUCACAAACGGAGACAUUGCCGUCACGCGAAAGGUUAAAACGCUGAUGGAUUUACCCGGUCCGGACGGAGUACCAAUACUUGGGACAGCGCCAGAAUACUUUCGAAAAGAGAACAGAGGUCAAAUGCACGAAGUUCAGAGGCGGUUCCACGCAAAGUAUGGCCCCAUGUUCCGCGAGAGGCUAGGGCCGGUAACCAACUUGUCAAUUGCGGACCCACGACUGGUUGAAGAACUCUUUAGACAGGAGGGGAAAUACCCUAAUCGUCCGCCGUACGACGCUUGGCUUCUUUACAAAGACAUGAGAAAAAGAACCCAUGGAAUCAGUGCUACUUCCGGCGAAGAAUGGCGGAAAAUCCGUACGAUCCUUAACAAUGGUUUAGCACGCCCCCGACAGGCCAGUACGUAUGUUCAGGAUCUGAGCACGGUCGCAGGAAGAAUGGUAAACAGACUGAGUUAUCUGAGGGACCGUAACACGACCGAUAACUCCAUACCGAACGUUCACAGAGUAAUGAACUCCUGGUCAAUUGAAAGUAUUGGCAAAGUUUUGGUUGGGGAGAGUUUCGGGGCUCUUGAGCACGACCUUUCACCGGAAAUGGAGGGCUUUAUGAAGUCGAUAGAAGACAUGUGGUACACCGGCCACCAGCUUAUGGUGUUCGCCAACGUACAUAAGCGUCUCAACACCAAGAUCUGGAAAACGCACGUGCAGUCAUGGGAUACCAUCCUCGAAGUUGCGGACAAUAUCUUCGAGAAGAAGAGAAACGAGAUAGAGCGGCGGUUAGCAACUGGCGGGGAGCUGGGGACGGCCACGGUCAUUGAACACUUCCUGGCUAACGACUCGUUAACUAUGGAGCAGAUCUUCACAAACAUGGCAGACAUGUUGCUUGCCGGUAUUGAUACGUCAGCAAAUGUGAUGUCUAUGGCCAUGCAUCUCUUGUCACAAAAUCCGGAAGUUCAAAAACGUGUACGAGCGGAAGUUGACAACGUUUGCGGCGAAGGGGAGGAAAUGACGUUGGAUCAUCUGAAUAACAUGCCGUACCUUAAGGCCGUGAAAAAGGAGGUGCUCCGAUUGUUUCCCACAAUUCCUACAAACGCACGUGUUCUUACGGAAGACACUUUUAUAGGGGGCCACCUGAUACCAAAAAAUACAAUUGUGUUAUUAAACACGUUCACCAUGUGCCGAGACCCCGAAGAAUUCAACAAUCCAGACGAAUUUAUCCCUGAAAGAUGGCUACGGAAUGAGGUCAGAGAUUUCAGCCCGUUUACGUCACUUCCGUUCGGAUUUGGCGCGCGAAGCUGUCCGGGCAGACGCGUGGCGGAAACCAUGAUUUACUUCGGAAUUGCAAAUAUUGUACGACGUUUCGAGCUGCGACCCACAAAGAACUCUACACAAGUUAAACCGUUCGUCCGUACGGUUCUGACUUUGGGCAACGAACUACCAAUUGAAUUCCACGACCGGUGAAAACUCUAACGUUCACAGAGGUGAAACUAUAGCCAAUGAUGUGAUAAUCAUUUCGACAGUGCGACAUAGACGGUUAAUAUUGAUGUAGUCUUUUUCUGUGUUUUCUUCGACGACCAUGACCAAGAAAUGUGCGUGCCAGCAAUAUUAGCGAAUGGACCGUUUAGUUUAUUACGUCGACGGAUGUUCUUUUUGGUGUUUAGAACACUGUAUUCUUGAACCGGAAACACGCGCAAAGAAUAUCUGUAUGUUUAUUUUGUGGCAAAAACGGGUAAAUUUUUAUGGUCGUCGCAUCUAGCACAAACUCACAUUAAGCGACAUCCAGGAAUAAAGACAUUGCACGUGGUUGACCAAAAGUAACGUAAGUCACAGGUACCACCAGGCUUAUGGAUCAUGGCUGCGAUUUGCACAAGGUUAUUGGACGACAACUUUUGCGAUGUGUGACUCAAAGCUCAGUUUUCAAAUGAAUAUUCGGUUAACUCAUUAUAGAAUGUAAAAUUAAUAAACAUGUUUUGUUGAACACACGCGAGUGGAAAUCUAUGACCGGGACAAAGGGUUUUGUUUUAUGACCUGGCAUAAUGACUUUUGGAGAGCAGACAUUAUAAGGCAUAAACAAAAAUGAUGUUUGUUUCCAAUAACCAAACCGACCCUACUUUUCUUCCUGACCCUACUUUAUUUUUGCCGAAGUGUUGAUUUUUUUUCGUAUUUUCCUAAGAAAUACAUUUUUAAUAGUGAACAUCUUAAAAUUUAAUCAUUUUUUAUUUAAAUUUUUCUUCAAUAGUUAUAUACCCUGAUAUAGGUCGGUUUCUUACAGAAUCCCAGUUCUCAUAAAAAGAUAGAACAAAUGUUAUGUCUACCUACCUACCUACCUACCUACUCUUUUUAUUUGGAAAUGUAAGUAGAAACAAAUAUUCAUUUUCUUGGCCUAACUAUAAUGUUCCACCUACCUACGGUCACCGACCCGUGUUAUAAGUCUAUGUUAGUGGAUAGCAUUUAAGAAUGACACUGUACACCUAUCUUGUGACUUAUAUUUCGUCCUUAUGUUUAUAAUAUCUACUGUUUAAAUCACAUUCUAUUGUUACUGAACGAUUUAUUUGUUGUUUUAUGUGCAUAUUUUGUUGAUAACGGGUAUUUAAUUCUUUGUUGUAUGAUGUAUCAGUUUUACCUUACUUCAUUUUAUGAAUGUACAUAUUCAUUGUAUGCCAUUAUUCAUUCUAAACCAUUAUUUGUUUACAUUAUGCUAAAGUCAGCAUUUUUGGUCCAAGUGCAAGAAAUCAUUCAGGCCUUAGGUCGGGUUUUCGUGUCAAGUGUCACAUACAUUAAAACUACACUCUCACAUUUUGAUCGUUUUGACAUUUUUUUUCUUCUUUUUUUUGUCUUGGUAUGAGUCGAUUUUUGCGUAAAUGUCUGGACACCAGUGAUAUAAAAAUGGUGACAAAAUAUCAUAUCACAGUUUUAAAUAAUUACUUUCGAAAAUUGAUGUUGUAUGGCUAAAAGUUUAACUAUCGCUUUAAGAAAAUAAAUGAGUGUUGGGCAGUUUCCCAAACAAUUGAGAUCUGUUAUAUUGUGAGUUAGCGUAUAUAACUGAAUUGAAGGCAUUGAUACCAAAAUCAGCUGAUUCUGAGAUAGACAAUAAGAGAACAGUCAAAAUGUCUAUCUGUGAGAGUGCAGCUUUAAGAACUACAGAACAGAACAGAACAGAGAAUAUGAUACCAAUCUGCAGCAAGACAUGUUCAAACACAUUCUAGUUGUACUUCAUUGCGAACACUGGUAUGCACCAUUAAUGAUUUUUUUCUUAAAGUAAACAUUCCACUAAAAUAAUGAAAAAUGAAAAAUGGCAGAAAUUCAGGAUAUGUCUAAUGAUGUUUUAUGAAUAAAGCCCUGUAUAUAAGCUUGUUGAAUUAAAUGGCGCGCAUCUUUUAUCUUUCAUAUAAUCAAAAAGGCUUUAAUUGUUACUCAUAAAGUUCCAUGUAUGAGUACAUUACUUUGACAAGCGAUCGGUAAAGUUAAAGAGUGUUUUUUUAUCCUGUCAGCAGCUAUAAAUUUACUGAGUGUCACAAAUUAAAUCGAAUGUUUUACUUAAAAGUUUAAAUGCGCUUUGCCUAAGCCGACAAAUAAAGCUCUUAGUUUGGGAAAAUAUAGUAUAUCUUCAUAGACAUAUAUAUUCGAAAAAGCGACACUUGGGUUCAUAUGAUGCCCCUUUAUUAUGUUUACCUUUACAUUAGAUGUUCAUACCAUGUUAAAGGGACAAGACACCAGAUGGUCCCAAAAUCGGCAAAUACAGUAUUCCAUCAAAACAAGCCUAGAAUUAUUAAUACGAACUAGUAUGAGACCGAUAUUACUAUAAAAUCAUUUUUAAUGAUUUAAAACAAUAUUUUGUCAAUGUCUCAGCUGAGUUUACCCGUUUGAAGGUAGCAAAUUAUGGCUGACUUGUUUAAAGUGUAUAAAUUGAGCAUUUGUAUAAAGCGAAUCUAUUUUUAAAUUAAACGGGAUAUACUUGGUAGAAACAUCCAGUAAAUUUCGAUUUGGAAAAAAACACCAUACACUGCGAAAGAUGCAUGUGUCGUAAGCAGUGUGAUACAUCAGUCAGUUAUAUUCAAUAUGUUGUACAUAACGAUAUCAAUUUUAUUUAAGUGUUGACAAUUUUCUUUUUUCCCUGCAAAUGUAUCAUCUGGUGUCUAGUCCCUCUAAAGUGAUUUCUGUUCAUGAUAUAAUCAAAUUAAUUCGCUGUGUAGAAGGACAACGACCCAAAAUGUCAGCUCAUCCAUCAAACAUACCCCAUCACUUAACAACGACAUUCACUAGGAAAUUAUACUAGUGAAUGAAUUUCGCUUAAUGAGUAAUGUAACUGAAAUGUAUUGAAUUGUAUUCGAUAGCUGACGUAGAUUCUAUUUAAGUUCUGAAGAUACUAUGUAUACAUGUAAUCAGUCCCAUAUUUGAAUUGAGUACAAAUGUACUUAUAUGAAAUGUAUAACAUUUAUAUUUAUGAUAUCCAUGUAUAUAAACAAGUUUUGCAAGUUGCAAUGCAAGAAUAAAUUUCAAAUUAUAUUUAAAAUGAACAAUUUUUUUGAACUCACUGCAAAGUGCAAUAUGUUUAUUGACGAUCAAUUAACUUAACGAUUGGCUUUAUUGUGAACAUUUCUGUCAUUUUCGAUCAAUUUUCCUAUUAACUGUUCCUCAAUUCAUAAAGAGUCCAUGGGGUGGUAUUCAAUAUUGAUCUUAAUGGAGUCUAUGAACGAUGUAGCUAAUCGGAUUAAUUGAUAUAAAUAGCGGACCUAUAAAGUGAAUGGAGUCAAUGAUGCAUGACGGUAAGAUUAACUCAAGUUGCAAAUUGAACACCAACCCAUGUCCCAAUUUCUCGAAAUAUCUUUAGUCACUUAUAACAGAACUAAGCUCAGCUCACUAUUUUCUUUUAUUUUGGUAUCAUUUAUGUAACAUUUACUAUCUGAAGAGUGAUUGGAAUUUAAAUGGAAAUUAUCUUAAUGUAAAUCACAAUAAAAUAUGAUUUUAUUUAGAAAAAUCAAGGUUAAGUUAGCAAUUUGGCUUAAUGAAAUAUGUUAUUUAAGCUUGUUAAACUUAAGAACCUUCGAGAAAAUGGAGCACGUGGCCUUGUUAUUUAAAAUGCUCGUAAAUACACUCUUUUUACCUAAUCACAUAUAUAUAAAGGUCAUUUAAGUCAUACUUGAUUGGGACACUUUGAGUACACUAUUUUAUCGUUGUGGUUGUACAAUUGAUAUUGUAACACUACUGUUGUGUUAAAUAAAAAAUAAAAAUAAACAAUCA